CAUCUACAGAGAGAGAGAGAGAGAGAGAGAGAGAGAGAGAGAGAGAGAGAGAGAGAGAGAGAAGAUCCAUGAACGUGAUGAUGAUGAUGAAGGGAAGCUGUUUCAUGAAUAAUAAGAAUGUUAUAAUAGUGAUGGUGAUGUUAAUUAUCAGAGGUGGGCAUGGGGAUGGAGAUGCUCUGCGCCAUGGGUUUUACAGGAACUCCUGCCCUCAUGCCGAAUCCAUUGUUCAGAACUCCAUCUGGAAGAGCGUCUCCAAUAAUCCUCAUCUCUCUGCCAAGUUCCUCAGAAUGCAUUUCCAUGAUUGCUUCGUUAGGGGUUGCGAUGCUUCCAUAUUACUAGACUCUACGCCAAACAGCAAAGCCGAAAAGCGUGCAUCCCCAAACCAGUCUCUCACCGGAUACAAAGUUAUCGAAGAUAUCAAGACCCAACUCGAGCAAACUUGUCCCGGCGUAGUUUCUUGUGCCGACAUCGUCGCUCUUGCUGCCAGAGAUGCUGUUUCUUUCCAAUUUGGGAAACAUUUGUGGGCUGUGCAAACGGGAAGAAGAGAUGGUCACAUUUCACGAGCCUCUGAGGCUGAGACUAAUAUCAUUCCACCAACAUCUAACUUUUCCACUGCUCUACAAGGUUUCACAAGCAAAGGCCUCGCCCUUAGAGAUCUUGUUGUUCUAACAGGGGCGCAUACUCUGGGUUUCGGCCAUUGCAAAUUCUUCAACCACCGGCUUUACAACUUCACCGGGAAAGGCGACGCCGACCCUUCUCUGAACCCAACCUACGCCGCUUUCCUGAAGAGGAGGUGCCCGCGGCGAUCGGCGAACACGACGGCGGUGAGCAUGGACGAGAGCCCCCACUUCUUCGACGCCGGCUAUUUCGUCAACUUGGUCAAGAACAGGGGGCUGUUCCAGACCGACGCCGCCCUCAUGACCGACAACCAAGCCGCCGCCGUCGUCAACGACAUGCUCGUUCCCGGCAGCUUCUACCGCCAAUUCGCCGGAUCCAUAAUCAAGAUGGGUCGAAUCCAAGUGCUCACCGGAACUGAAGGAGAGAUUAGAAAAAAAUGCAAUGUGGUCAACUAACUAAUAACCACUAACUACUAACUAGCAUGCAUGCACCCUCUCGCUAGCUACCUACUACGUAGCUAGCUACUCAUUUCUUUUAUUUGUUUAUUAUUUUUUUUUUCUUUUCCUUUGCUAAUUAGAGACUGAUCGAUGUUAAUUAAGAACGUAAUUAAUUAUGUGUUAAGGAUUGUUGAUGAUGAUAAACAAAAAAUUCAUGGAGAUAAUUAUGCAAAAUGCUGAUAUCCAUGCAUGUA